AUGAGGCCGGGCGGGCCGCCGAACUCGCGGGCGCUGCAGCCGCCGUCGCAGCAGCAGCAUCAACAGCCGCGCACGCCGGGGCGGGCGCGCCGGCGCCCGGAUCUCACCCUGCCUCUGCCGCAGCGGGACCUGACCUCCCUCGCCGUGCCUCUGCCGCUCCCGCUCCCGCCGUCCUCCGCGCCGUCGUCCACGUCGUCGUCUGGCGCGCUGUCGGCGCCGGCGUCGCUCGGCGCGCCCACCCCGCCGACCUCGGCCGGCUCCGCGCCGGCGAACCCGCCGCCGCUGUGCGAGCUGGAGCGCGUGCGGCGCAUCGGGAGCGGUGCCGGCGGGACGGUGUGGAUGGUGCGCCACCGCCCCACGGGCCGGCCCUACGCGCUGAAGGUGCUCUACGGCAACCACGACGACGCGGUGCGUCGGCAGAUCACGCGCGAGAUCGCCAUCCUGCGCACCGCCGAGCACCCGGCCGUGGUGCGGUGCCACGGCAUGUACGAGCAGGCCGGCGAGCUCCAGAUCCUGCUGGAGUACAUGGACGGGGGAUCCCUCGAGAACCACCGCAUCGCGGACGAGCACUUCCUGGCGCACGUGGCGCGCCAGGUGCUGUCGGGCAUCGCGUACCUCCACCGGCGCCACAUCGUGCACCGCGACAUCAAGCCCUCCAACCUGCUCAUCGACUCCGGGCGGCGCGUGAAGAUCGCCGACUUCGGCGUGGGCCGCAUCCUGAACCAGACCAUGGACCCCUGCAACUCCUCCGUGGGCACCAUCGCGUACAUGAGCCCCGAGCGCAUCAACACCGACCUCAACGACGGCGCCUACGACGGGUACGCCGGCGACAUCUGGAGCUUCGGCCUCAGCAUCCUCGAGUUCUACCUGGGCCGCUUCCCGCUGGGCGAGAACCUGGGCAAGCAGGGCGACUGGGCCGCGCUCAUGUGCGCCAUCUGCUACUCCGACUCGCCGCAGGCGCCGCGCAACGCCUCGGCGGACUUCAAGAACUUCAUCAGCCUCUGCCUCCAGAAGAACCCUGCGAACCGGCCGUCCGCGAUGCGGCUGCUGCAGCACCCGUUCGUGGCCCAGCCGCAGCCGCAGCAGCCGCAGCCGCAGCCGCAGCCGCAGCCUCUGGCCGCCCCGCCGUCAUGA